CCGGACCAGCGCGAGCGAUAGCGACAACAUACGCCAAUAAUUGCACUCACAGAGAAGAAAAGACAGAAAACGCAUAAGCUCUUUAAGGUGUGAGCAUCGGUCACUAUGGAAGAACUAGAGCCGCAACCACCGUCAACUCUCCGCCGUCGCCACUCAAUCUCAACUUCUGUAGUAAUCCCCAACAAGCUCUCCCUCCACAUCUCCAGACUCCCCAACGGCUCCACCACACCUGCACCCCUCGACGUUGAGCUCGUCUCCCUCAACUCCUCCCUCUCCUACACCUCCCUUAAAGACCUCCUCCCCUCCAACUCUGCCGCAAUCAACUCCCCCACCGCCACUGCCGCGGCCUCCUCCCUCUACGAAAUCUCCAUCCGGAACCGCCUCGUCAAGUAUGCGGCAUGGGCAUACCUCCAGCCCAUGUCCUCUUCCCCCAAUUCCUCAGCCUCUCAUUUCCUCUGCUGCCCCUGGCUCCAGUUCUCCACGUCGUCUAACCUCGUCGCCGACUUCUUCAAAUUCAUCAAUAGCCAAGUCAUUCCGGGAAUCUGCCGGGCUUUCGAUGGCAUCGUCCGGCCCAUCUCAGUCCGCCACAACAGAUAACAGUCUAUACUGACCUAAUCAUGUUUCAAUGUGGUUUCUUUCCUUUUUAUUUUCAUCCUUGAUUUCUAUAUACCAAUAAGGGAUGAACAUAGAAUCAUGAUCAUGAUGUUACAAGGAGAAGAAAGCAAUGAAAUGAAUUUAAUUCUUGUUUUCCUU